UCAGUGUAAUUCACAGGGGGGAUUUUUGCGCCACAAAUUAGCAUCAAACGUCUUUUUUAGUGCAGGAAAAUUAGAGUAUAUAAAACUAGCGAAUACGACCAGAGGAAACAGUUGUCUCGCAGCUUCCUUGAUCAACAGACACGAUGAAACUCACAGUCCUCCUCUGUUGCCUGGCUACCGUUCUCUACACGGUCUCGGCAUUCCCCACCGAUGGUUCACAACCUCCUGCUCUCAAUAACAACAAAGGUUUCCGAGCCAUCAGUGACGGCUUGGACUCAGCUUUAGGCUGGGGAGGUUACGAUAAUCCUAGGCAGAGUAGAGUCCGUGGAGCUCUUCACGCUGCUUACCAUGAAAUCCAGUACCGUAGAACAGGGAAUCAGAGGGAACACGAGAGGGCGAAGGAUCAGUGGGGCGUCGUUACUGGAGGACGACGAGAUAAUCUUGAGCGAUACGACAGGGAGCAUUAUGGAUCAGGAAAAUAGAAGUAUUGUAUGUAGUAGUAUAUGUCUAUUGUUCUCAACACAAAUUAUGAAGUUUAAGUUACUUCUAUGCUUUUGUUGACCAUGCUAUGUAAUAAAUUUGACUGAUCUGAUUAAUUCUAUAUAAUUCAAUAAACGUUUACUUUCUGUAA